GGAGCUUUCGUCAUUUUGGCGGGGUCCAAAUUCGGACAACAAUCUGUCUUGAGCUGGAUUUUGGCCCAUACAGGACCCAAGAGAAUGUCUUAGGCAACAUAAGCAGACGAGCAGCCCCCAAAGACUCACUUGGAACAGGCUAUUGUUUACCUGCGAUAUAUACAAUUUCGCGAUCGUCCAAGCCCACUCCGAGUCCUCACGAUGAGCUCUGAAGCAAGAUUGUACACAUUCUCGCAAGAGACCAAGGAUCAUCUGCGCAAAUUCCGCCUGGGCACGUCGAGAGCCAGUGGUCCGCAAGCCGUGAUUUACCUAAUCGACAAGAAUACAAAGGAGAUCAAGCAGGAUGAUGACAAGACUGUCUACAAAUCACUCGACGAGAUCAGCGACGACUUGCCAGACCACUCCCCUCGAUUCGUGCUAUUGAGCUACCCCCUGACUCUUCCGGAUGGCCGCCUCUCGGUCCCGUACGUUUGUCUUUAUUACUUGCCUAUCACGACGAACGCCGCUAUGCGGAUGCUAUAUGCCGGCGCAAAGGAGCUGAUGCGGAAUACGAGUGAAGUUGGACGAGUGAUUGACAUUGAGAGCGCGGAAGAACUCGAGGAUAUCCCCAAGAAGCUCGCUAGCGAAUAGGGGGCUUAUGCUUAUACGUGCCGGGUGUGCCGGGUAUGUGCAGAGGAUGACCAUGUAGAGCGACCUCCAGGUGUUG